AUCUUAAAGCUGUGCUUUGGUGGGGUUUUGGUCUCUUGGGAGGGAAGUUCUGCUCCCAGCACAGGCAGACGACUUGUUCCUGUGGUCUGUGUCGAGUUUUCGAGUGGAAAAUACGGUUAUUCAUGACUGCUCUGUGAUUCAUGGAUUCCUCAGGCGUUGCUCCGCUCCAGUGGCAUUCGCUGGAGCUCCAGGCAGCUCUGAAUCCACUGGGGCUCCGCUCCCUUGGCUGCAGGUUGGUCCAGGCACAGCGCUGGGAGGUAAAACGUGGGAUAUUUGGAAGCAGAGCUGUAGGGGAGGGUUAAACUUGGCUCACUGAGCGAGAAGCUUCUCCUUUCUUCGGGGAUUUGCACCCUGGCUGUGAGCAGGGGCUGGAACCGAGGGGGGGUUUCUGUGCCUGCUGGCCGUGUCCAUGGAUUCUGUGGGAGCCUGGAUGUGUUUCAGCGCUCGGGAACGCCGAGGUUGAUUAAAAAAAAAUCACAUUACUCAGAAUCAAACUCGCUGAAAAUGUUUGCCCGUAAAACCGGAGGCAAAGUGACGAGCUGCUGAUAACGCUGAUGAAAUCAGUGUUGAAACAGUUAAAGGCAUCUCUGAUCCCUGCCUCAGCCCGGGGGCAGCCGGGCCGUUUUCCCGGAAUGCGGGGGGGAAGGAAAUGCAGCGUUUUUAGUCCCCCCCUGGGCCGGUUUCACACCAGCCCGGGCCGUUAUCGGGGCUCCCCUCCCAGCCCGGCCCGGCGCCCUUUGAAAGGGCGAGUCAGAGCCCGGAGCAUCGGCGGGACGGGGCAGAGCCUUCCGGGGCUGCUCCGGCCGGGAAUCCAGGGAGAAAUCCAGGGAGAAGCACCCCGCGGGGAUCCUGCGGCGCUCGGUGUGUGCUGUGAGCAGCUAUCACUGCCACCAUGGCCUCCCCCAGCCCUGCCCAGCACCCAGCAGCUGAGAGCUCCUGCAGGAUCACUCUGGGACAAGCUAACCAGGUGAGGCCCACACUGCCACUCCUGAGGAUUCUGCAGGCAGCAGGAGCCCAAGGAGACACCUUCACCCUCAAGGAGGUGAUGCAUUACCUGGGCCAGUACAUCAUGGUGAGGCAGCUCUACGACAAGAGGCAGCAGCACAUGGUCUAUUGUGGAGGGGAUCAGCUGGGAGAGCUGCUGGGCCUGGACAGCUUCUCUGUAAAAGAUCCAAGCCCCCUGUAUGAAAUGUUGAAACGGAACCUGACGGCGGCUGCGCUCACAGAUGCUGCACAGACUCUCCCAAAGGAGCAGAGCGUCGAUAAGCCAAGCCAAGACCAGCUGAAGCUCAGCCAGGAGGAAGGUUCUGGUGCUGGGAGCACGGCGGGGGAGGAGAGCAAGGCCUCUGCUUUGUCUACCUCGGAGCAGAACUGUGACACUCGUGAAGACAAAGACUUAAUAGAAAACCUCUCUAAAAGCAAGAAGCCUAAACUGGACCUAGUGUUUGAGGAAUGGGAUGUAGCUGGUCUUCCAUGGUGGUUUUUAGGCAACCUCAGAAGCAAUUACAAGUCCAGAAGUAAUGGAUCAACAGAUAUUCAGACUAACCAGGACAUUGACACUGCCAUUGUUUCGGAUACUACUGAUGACCUGUGGUUCCUCAACGAGUGCCCCUUGGACCAGGGCAGUGCUGGGCUCAAGGUGGAGGUGCUUGACUGUGAGGAAGUGAAAGAAGGUGACACAAAGGUGACUGAGGAUGUGUGUUUGAAUGACUUUGAGGACUCUCAGUGCUUGAGUGAUGACACGGACACAGAAGCUGCUUCUGAGGACUGCUGGCAAUGCACCAAGUGCAAGAAGUUCAACUCCCCGGGCAAACGGUACUGCUACCGCUGCUGGGCCCUGCGCAAGGGCUGGUACUCAGACUGGCCCAGGCUGGCCCACUCCCUCUCCCUGUCCAGCAUUGCUGCCAGGAAGAACAAGGAGGAAGAAGAGGAGGAUGAGGGCAUAGACGUGCCAGACUGCAAAAGGACCCUGUCGGCUCCGGCUGGGCAGCCCACCCGUGUCUUCAUGGUGGAGACCAAACCCCCCUGCGGCUCCAUCGAGUCUCUGGACCUGGCACGGGCCCGUGAGAGCCAAGAGUCUCUGCUGAGCUUCGCUGAGAGUAAAAAGGACGAAGAAAUCGAGUCUCUGGAGAGCAUAAAAACCCUGCUGAACCCCUGCUUCCUGUGCCAGCACCGGCCCCGCGACGGCAACAUCGUCCACGGCAGGACUGCCCACCUCGUGGCCUGCUUCAGGUGUGCCAGGAUGCUGAAGAAAAGGAGAUCCCCCUGCCCAGUGUGCAGGAAGGAGAUCGAGAUGGUCAUCAGGAUCUUCAUGGGGUAGCUGGGCCGCUCCAGGCCUUUCUCCUCCAAGGAGGAGCCAGCAGGUUUCUUUGCACUUAAGCCCCAGUUUCAGAGCUCAGCCAAUGAAAGCCAAAGAGAAUUAAGAUUGCAGCCUGCCCAAGCACGCUGAGGAGUCUCUGCAGUGUCCCCCUUCCCGUGCCCCUGCAGAUUAAAGCCUGUAGGGAACAGGGAGGGACACUCUGGUGUCAAUGCCCCAGCCUGCAAGUGGCCAAAAUCUUCACAUUUCAGCCCAGUGGUGCCACUGGGAUUCCCUGUCCUGCCAGCUGGUCCUUGAGGAGGACAAGUUUUGGGGAAGAGCUGUGACUUUUGGAGUGCUGUUCUCCAGUAAGUCACAGCUGUGCAAUCAAUGCCUUCUGAGGGGGUCUGAUCUGAGAUAGAGACAAAUAUCCAGGGGUGGGAAGGGUGGGAUUCCAGGUGUUUGCAGCUCAGAUAAGCCCUUUCUCCAAGGAUCAGUUCUCCUGAGGGCAGUGUGAAGUAAAUAACCCCAUUUUUGAUCUUUUUUGGUUGAUUUUUAAGGUAGGCUUUUGAGGCAAGGUGAAGGUCCUGUUGCUCCCAGACAGGAAACAAAUCCUCCCAAACUCUGAAUCCAGAACUGUCUCAGGUCACGUAGAGAACACAGUGAUGCAUUUUUGCUUUCUUAUUGGCUCAUUUAAUUUACAUUGAUUUUUUUUUCAUUUAAAUAUAUUUUCUGUCAGCUUACAUGGCUUUCAAGCCUGUCCAGCAUUAGCUCAGCCUUUGCUCUGCCGGUUGGAUUCGAUUCCAGCAGCUCUGUGCCUGUUUUGGGAUGUUCCCAGUGCACCUUCCAGUGCCUCAUCUCAUCAGCCUGCACACAAUACACUCAUUUCUGAGUGCAGUGUGGCUUUAAAGGCAGGACAUGAGCCUUUGAGGGGAAAAGUGACUCCUUUAAAGCACCAGUUGCACUCUGGGGGCUGUGCUGGGUGUCAGGUUUUUAAUUUUCUCCUGCUCUUUUUUAUCCCCCCCCCCGCUGUGAUUUAACACUCCAGCUCUGCCCUUCAGAGCUGGCUGCUAAAACUUAGUUAAAACCUGCCAUUGAAAGAAUCUCAGCCUUCCCUGAGGCGAUACCCAAGGCUGGGCUCCAUUCCCUCACUUUUCCCUGUUUCCCAGACCCUUUGGGGGACCAACAGAACCUUCACCUUCCAGCUCUUCAGCAGUUGGGAGCUCGUGGAAACACGGCAGGAGAAGUUCCUGCUCAUUCCCUGAUGCUUCCUCGGGCUUUUCCUCCUCGUUUUCCGCUCUCCACGUGCUGGUCCAGCCCCAGCAGGUCCAGGGGGGGCAGUGGGAGCCCUCCCCCCAAAAACCUGCCCAGCAGAAGGCUCCGGCAAACCACGAGUUGAUGUUUCCUUGCAAAAUCCCAGAGUAGGUGCUACCAAAUCCCUGCAAAUCACUGCCAAAACCCCCUCAUCCUCCCGGAGCCCUGGGAUGCUCUCCCUGGUGGCUGUAAUUGGGAUUGCUGGUGGCAGCUGUGCCCGGAGCACCUCGGUGCACCAUCCACGGGAAUCAGUCCCCGUGGAAAAGGUGAUUUAUUGUUUCCUUGAACUUAAGAGUUGUUCAAUUGCUGGCCAUGCACUUUAAUCUCGAUGGGAUCAGCAGCUUUACCCCUGCAGUUACCCGAGGGAGGGCCUGACAGGUGGUUUCUUUCCCCUUUCCAUGUGGCUUUUUCCCCUUUUCUGGUGUUGUGUUUUUUUUUUUUUUUUUCCCCUUUGCAAGUGGGUUUUUUUCCCCUUUCCAGGUGGGUUUUUUCCCCUUUGCAAGUGGGUUUUUUCUCCUUUUCCAGGUGGGUUUUUCCCCCCUCUUAAUUUUUUUUUUCCCUUUUCAAGUGUGGUUGUUUUCCUUUUCCAUGUGGCUUUUUUUCCCUCUUUUCAGGUGGGUUUUUCGACCUUUCCACGUGUUUUUUGCCCUUUUUCAGGUGGGUUUUUUUUUUCCCUUUUCAGGGCUCAGCAGGGUGCACUGUGGCACUUUUGGAUACUGUGAAUUCCCCUUUGCCACAAUUGCUUCUGAAAGCUCCCAUGUUUUGCUCAAAGCAGUUGCAGUGAAUCGCCCACAUCUGGCCACGCUGAAAGGGGUGUGAUUUGAGUUGACCAGAACAAAAGUCACGAGGGUUUUGAGCUGAACAUCCCUCCCAAAAUCCCACUGAGAUCCCUGUGCAUCUUCCCCAGUUCAAUGGGAUUUCAGUGGGGCAGUUUGGGGUGAACCUGGGGGUCAUUUUCAGUGCAGUGCUGUUCUGUCUCUCUGAUUUUUGUUUACAGCGUGCAUUUACCAUCUCCUUAGAUGUUUUUAAAUGGAGUUUCCACGCCCUUAAGGCACCACAGUCUUGAGUGGAUGUUGCUGUCCCAGAAGAAUAAGCUAUUGCAGUGCCAGUCCCUUUGUGGAGCUCUGGCUUGCCCAGGUUGGGGCGUGGAAGGAGAGGAGGAAAAGAAUCUUUUAUUGCUUAAAGUUUAAUCCCAGUGUGUAGCAGUUCACCAGGAGCCCCUUCUGCCAGGGGGUGCCACUUUUAGGGGGUGGAGGAGUAGCUCAGAGCACUCAGCUGUGGUGCUGGGAAUCCCUUUCCCACAGGAAUUCACCUGGAGUCAGAAAUGCUCUCCUUGGGGGAUCCUUUACCCGUUGGUGUCUUUGCUCACAGCAGGUCCUCCCUCUCCGGUGGUUUUGAAGUGCAAUAAGAGACAAGAGGCCCUUGGUAGCCCUCAGUGCACCCCUGUGCACACAAGUUGUGGGCACAACCAUCUUUUCAAUGCCCAAACUAAAAUGUUUGAUCUGUUUUACUGCCUUUUUUUUCCCCUCUGUGACGCUGUUUGCUGUUCACAGGAACCUGCUGCCAGGGCUGUAAGGUCAGGUUUUUCCUUUACAGGAGUUUUGGCACCGGAUUUCUGCCUUUGUUGGGUAUUUAAAUAGAGCAUGGAAGCUCUGAAGCUCUCCAGUGUGUGGGUCUCGUGCUCUGCAGCGUGAAAAUGUGUUUGUAAACUGUGUCUUGACAGCCAGAGGUCAGCACAGCCAGAGUAUUUCCAGCUGAAGUGCCUCUUCUCAGUUGCUCAGUGACUUGUUCGCAGCUCAUCGGCCUUCCCUUCAGCUCUCCAAAAGUCCCUCCUGUGCUCAGGGGUGUUAAUGAGCCGGUUCAGCCCAAACAAAGCCUCUGCACAGAGGGAAUCCUUUGGAGCUGUGGACUCCCUGCCCUGUGUCCUGUGUUCGUUCUGGGCUGUGGUGUGGAGCACAGCACAGCUCUGCCAGGGUCUGCUCCACCCUUCUGCUCCUCAGAAGCUGUGCCUGCAGAGGGGAAGUGGCACUGGGACAAAUGGCAGUGGAAAUGGAGCAGAAACCAAGUGUCCCGAAGCCCCUUGGGGUUCUGCCUGUUCUGAGCUUCAUCUUCCAGGAGAAGAGCUCUCACUAGAGGCCUUCCAUUCUGGAAGGUUCCAUGAGUGAAGAAGGAGCCAGGGCACUGCUCUGCACCUCUUUAUCCAUAAGCUGACUGAGGAAUCCCUCGAGUCCUGUGAAUCCUCUUUGCCCCCCCAGCAUGAGCAAUGUCGGGAUCCCUGAGAGGGAGAUGCUGCCCCAAGAGUGAGACCCACGGGUUUGGCACAGCUCCAGAAGCACAGCUGACCUGCAGACCAGCAGCUCCUCAGCUCUGCAAACCCUUCAUGAUCCGUGCCCAGUGCCUGGAGUGUUCCCUGCUCCUCUGGGGACAGGCCUGGCCCUGCCUGUGCCCUCCUGGGAGCCACAGUCCCCCUCUGCACCUUCCCCUGAUGGCCACGGGCAGCUGUGGUGGCUGCACUCCUGUUUCUGUGUUGUUUUACCCCAGCCAGGUGCUCUUGCUGCCCACACCUCUGUGGGGACACCCCUGCCCUGUCACCUGAGCAGCUGCUUCAGGAAGAUUCAGCUCCUGGAACCCUGAAAGGAUUUUGGGGGGGUCUUCCAACUCCCAGAGGGCACAGCCACGGCUGAGGAGCAGCAGGAGAUCCACGAAGGCAGCAGGAACACCUUGUACCUCUGGCAGAGGUCAAGUCUGGCUCUUCUGGGAAGAGUGGUGCCCUCCUGGAUCUCCCCAUGUCCCUCUCCCACAGCCUGGUGUUCCCAGGCACAUUUUCCUUGUCGAGGAAAACCCCCCCCCCCAUCCCACUGUGCCCCCACCAGUGACAAACAGCAGCUCUUGCUGAACAUCACCUGUGUGUUUGCACUAUUUAAAUAAGGCUUGUACCACAAAAUUGACCCUAUUUUUUUUGUGUCCUGCAGAAGAUGAAUUUAAUUAAAUCGAGCUCAUUCUCCGA